UAUCGAUAGCCGAUAAGCGAUAGACACUUUGUUUACCUUGCUGCUGCCGGCUGCAAAGUUGUUUACGUUUGUGUGUUCUUUUGCCAUAAAAUGAGCCACAAAUCGAGUGGUAAAACACGGGAUGCCGUUAAUCUUGUGGACUGCAGCUUCCUCGAUCACAAAGCCAAACUUAGCGUUCAGCUACAGCUGAAGAGUCGCCACCAGACAAGUCUAGUGGAGAAUGUCAGCGACUUCUGGCAGUUUGUCAACAAAUAUGAGACGAUGCUGCGCCAACUGGGGCAGCCGACGCUGCCCCCACUGCUAAGCGAUGCGGAGCAUUGCCAGGCACAGCCCUAUCACAAGGCCAAGCACCUGGCGCUGCAGUUGAACGAGAAGCACCGGCAUGACCACAACAACAACGAUGAAUUCCAGACGCAAUUCGAGCAGUUGGUGCUCAUCUAUCUGGACUUUAAGCAAAAGGAGAAAUUCGCACGCAUCAAGAAGCUGAGACAGGCGCAACGCAAUCUGCCCAUAGCACGUUUCAAGCGCGAUCUUCGCACAUCCCUCGACGCCAGCCGAGUGCUCAUCGUGGCCGGCGACACAGGCUGCGGCAAAUCCACCCAGGUGCCACAGUAUCUCUAUGAGUUUGGCUAUCGCAGCAUUGCCUGCACGCAGCCACGUCGUCUGGCCUGCGUCUCGCUGUCGAAGCGCGUGGCGCACGAGCUGCUCGACGACUACGGCAGCAAAGUGGGCUUCCAGAUACGCUUCGAACGGCAGCGGACACAACGCACUCACAUCCUGUUCAUCACCGAGGGACUGCUGUUGCGUCAGCUGGCAAUGGCCAGCAAUCUGGAGCAGUACGAUGUGCUCAUACUGGACGAGAUACACGAACGCAAUCUGUUCGGGGACUUUCUGCUGGGCGUCACCAAGUGUCUGCUGCGUGCCAAGCCGCAGCUGAAACUCAUCCUCAUGUCGGCCACCAUCAAUGUGCAGCUCUUUCACGACUACUUCAAGGAAGAGGGCGCCCGUCUGCUGCAAGUGCCCGGACGUCUGUUUCCCAUCAAGCUGCGCUACAUGCCCCCGCCGUCGCUCGAGCUAAAGGCGGGCCAAGCGAGCUCGGGCAGAACAAAGCGUGGCGGGCAGAGCGAGCGUCUGGAUGCGGCGCCCUUUGUUCAGGUGCUCAGUCUCAUCGAUCAGCAAUACCCUACCACGGAACGCGGCGAUGUGCUGAUCUUUGUGAGCGGCGUCAAGGAGAUCGAUGGCAUCUGCGACGCUAUACGGGAGUAUGCCACCCAGCAGCCACAGUGGCUGGUGUUGCCGCUGCACAGCGGUCUGGCGCUGGCCGAGCAGGACAAGGUGUUUGACUAUGCACCCGAUGGCAUGAGGAAGUGCAUCGUGUCCACGAACAUUGCGGAAACAUCGCUGACCGUGGACGGUGUGCGUUUUGUCAUCGAUUCCGGCAAGGUGAAGGAGAUGAGCUACGACAGCAGCUGCAAGGGGCAACGACUCAAGGAGUUCUGGGUGUCGCAGUCCUCGUCGGAGCAGCGCAAAGGUCGCGCCGGACGCACAGGACCAGGCGUCUGCUUUCGUCUUUAUACGCAGAAGCAGUUUGACACCUUCGAGGCGUAUCCCACGCCGGAGAUUUAUCGCGUACCGCUGGACACGAUGCUGCUCCAAAUGGUGGCCAUGGGAUUGCCCGAUGUGCGUGCCUUUCCCUUCAUCGAGCCACCCGAAUCGGAGCGCAUUGAGCAGACAAUUCUGGCACUCAAACAGCACGGCGCUCUGACGGCGGAUGAGAAGAUCACACCGCUGGGCAGCUCGUUGGCCAAUCUGCCCGUCGAGCUCUCCAUUGGCAAGAUGCUGCUGAUGGGCUGCGUCUUCCCGGACGUCGAGCAGCUGCUCACGCUCGCCGCCAUGCUGAGCGUCCAGAGUCCGCUAACGACGCGUGCCUUCAACGAUCCGCGCUGUGAUCGCGAGCGUCAACCCCUCGAAUCGGAUCAGGGUGAUCUCUUUACGCUGCUGCGCGCCUUUUGCCACUGGCUGCAAUUGAAGCGGGGUCGCGAGAAUACGCGCAAAUGGUGCCAUCGCCUGGGCAUUGAGGAGCAACGCUUCUACGAGGUUUGCAAGCUGCGCUCACAAUUCCAACGCAUCCUCGAAAGCUGCCGCAUGGCGCCACCAAGUGCUGGUCAGGCGGCGCUAAGCAGCUCGGAGCGUGCGCGACGUCAUGGCGAACUGCGUCAACUGAAGGCGCUGAAGCGACGUGAACGCUUCGAGCAGCCGCGUCAGCGUAAGCUGCUCAAGCAGCACGCGAAUCUGGAGGCACAGCAGGAGGAGGAUGAGGCUGGUGAGGAUAUGCGUGACGUGGACUUUCGGCUGCGUCACGAUGCCAGACAAUUGACGCUUCUCGAACGUUCGUCGCGCAUCGAACGGCAUCGCGAUGUGAUGCUGCUGAAGCUGCUCCUCGUCAGCGGUUUCUAUCCACAGCUGGCGCUGGCCGAUGAGUUCAACUAUUGCAAGAGCGCGGGCCAGCAAUUCUUUCACACACAACUCAAGCCGUUCAUCUCGAUGCAUCCGAAUGCCCAUUUCGCCCAGCACUUUGAGCUCCUCAAGCUGGCCGAGAGCGAUCUGCUGGACAAGCCGGCGUAUUAUACGCCCAAGCAGCCGCUCAGCGAGCGCCAUCAGUUGCUCUGCUAUCAAUCCCUGCUGGAGACUGCAAAGCCUUAUCUGAUGAACUGCAUCCGUUUGCCGGCAGCACAAACUUUGCUGCUCUUCGGCUAUGCCCUGGACACCGAUCUGGGCAUCACUCGCAUCGUCUGCGAUGGCUGGCUGGAGAUGCACUUCCCCCACCCCGGCAGCGGGCUGCAGUUGCUCUCGCGUGCCAUUGAGUUGCAGCGACGCUGGAGUCGACGUCUCCACGACAAGCUCAAUGAGCUUAACAAUGAGGAGAAGUCUUCGUCAUCGUCGGUUGUCCAGGAUAAAAGCGACACGCUUUGGCAUGAUCUGCUCGACUUUAUGAGCCUCGAUGUGGCGUAUACCAUUAAGCGACUGCUGCCCGCCGAUCUGAAGACGCUCUACACACAUCGUCCACCGCCAGAGCAGCUGCUGUUGGCCCUCCAAACGAAUCCCUUUGCCGCCGACUUUGCUCUGAGUGUCCAUGGCGAGAAAGGUGGACUCAAUGUGUCCGAGCAUGUGGUCUAUGGCUGUCUCACGGAGCAGCCCUGGACCCUGGCCAUGGAGGCAGCGUUGCAACAGCAGCCGUGGCAAUGUGCCCAGUGUGCUGACUUUGAGUUGGAGCAUUUCUAUGUGCCCGAUCAGCUGCUGCAUCGUCUGCAGUGUGCGGGACGCAAACGCAAGCGUCAACGCUCCGCGACUCCUCCAGCUGCAGCUGGCAGCAACAGCAGCGGAUCACGCGACGCCAAUUAUCACUGCAAUCAGUGUGGACGCUGGUUGAAACUGUCUCAAAUCGAGAUCUUGCGACAUCGUCGACAAUGCAUCAAGAACUGAACCGAGCAUGCCUAAUAUGCGAGACACUAGUGUCUGUCGCUAGACGUGCUUUAGAGCAGUGCAGCAGCAGAAAUUGUGGCGGUCAAACGAUAAUUGAAAGUAGCGCCAUCUGUUGCACAAAACGAUGCAACUAAUUUGAAUGACAAUUUUAUUUGGUUG